UUAAGGAUGGAGAUGUUAUGAUAACUUUUAAACAUGAUGAUCUUGUAAACUCUGUUGAAGUAAGAGAAUGGGAGAGUGGAAAGUCAUUAAAUGAGAUAGCUGCAAAGCAGGGCAUUAGAAUUAGAAGAAGAUAUCGAACUGGACACCCCUCUGAGAGCUCGCAGGACGAUGAAGAACCUCCCCGUAAUAUUCUGGAAAAAAUAAUAUGGGACAAGGAAGUGGAAGUUUCUCAGUGGAAAUGGAGAAUACCUUGUGAUGCGUUGAAGGAAGCUAUUGACAGUGCUCCUCCAGUGAGAGAUUUUGUUGGGGCUCUGAAAGCAUCGUAUCAGCGAACUGGUCUUCCUGCUCUGAUAGCCGAGGUGAAAAAGGCUUCACCUAGCCGAGGUGUACUACGUGAAGAUUUUGAUCCUGUUCAAAUAGCUAAAGCUUAUGAGGAAAAUGGAGCAGCAUGCUUAAGCAUAUUGACUGACGAAAAGUAUUUUCAGGGAGGCUUUGAAAAUCUAGAGGCUGUACGCAGAGCUGGAGUCAUGUGUCCUCUUCUCUGUAAAGAGUUUGUUAUUGAUUCCUGGCAAAUUUACUAUGCUCGUUCAAAAGGUGCGGAUGCAAUUCUUUUAAUUGCUGCGGUGUUGCCUGAUCUUGACAUCAAAUGCAUGAUUAAACUUUGCAAGGAGCUUGGCUUAGCAGCACUGGUUGAGGUGCACGAUGAAAGGGAACUGGAUCGGGUUUUGAGUAUAGAUGGGAUUCAGCUCAUUGGUAUCAAUAAUCGUAACCUUGGGACAUUUGAAGUUGAUAUUUCAAACACAAAAAGGCUUUUGGAAGGGGAGCGCGGGGAGAUCAUCCGCCAAAGAGGCAUAACUAUGGUGGGAGAAUCUGGGUUGUUUACUCCUGAAGAUAUUUCAUAUGUACAAGAUUCUGGAGUUAGAGCGGUUUUGGUUGGGGAGUCUCUCAUCAAACAGAGUGAUCCUGGGAAGGCAAUAGCAGGACUUUUUGGUAGAGAUGUAUCAAUAUGAGUCCAUAUGUGAAAUUAAACUUCCAGCUGCUUUUCAUGUAUGAGACAGUGUACUCAUUCAUAUAAUGUGCAAUAAGAGCUCCGGAAUUCGCAAUCAUCA